AUGACGGUGUUGCCCGUCGACAGGGCGUCGCUAGUGCUAGAAGCUGUGCCGUCGGCCGCCGACGUCGAGCGUAUUCGCCGCUUCACCGCCGCCCAUCCGAACUCGCAGUGGACGGAGGCCGAACAAUUUGUGAUCGAUCUUGCUGCUAUCGAAAGAGCCGAAGAAAAGUUAACGGUGAUGGUACAUACAGCAACUUUCGACGAUGGAAUCAACGCUAUCAAUGAGCAAUUGAACGCGUACUCGACGGCAGCAAAACUCGUCCAAGAAUCCGAACAGUUGCGGUUAAUACUGCAGGCAAUACUCACGUUACUGAACCACCUAAACGGUACCUCGCUGGACGAGAAAGUCGUUGUAGGAUUUUGCACCAGCCAACUCUCUGAAGUGUGCUCAGCACAACUGGCUGACGGUUCAUCUGUUCUGCAGACGUUGACGGAAUUCAUUCGUGAUCGAGCACCGUACGCUUCCGAUGCUGCCGAACUCGUUGAGCCUCUUAAUGAAGCUGCCAAAGUGUCCUUCCUGUCGAUCUACGAAUCGCUGCUACGAUUAGACGAGAACAAUCAGCGUGUACAGGUGGAACUUGAGCAACUCGAUUUUGAGCAUCCAGUGCUUGCACUCCGAUUAUCCGAGAUGCGCCAACGACUUGAGGAGAUGGCCGAUAAACUCGUCCGUGUCAAGGAUCAAGUGCUGUUGAUGCUGGCAUAUAUGGGAGAGGCGCUACCGCGUACCGAAUCCGAUUUUCGUCCAGAACUCUAUUUGCAGAAAUUAUGCUCAUUUCUUAUGUCGUUGCGUCUUAGGCAAACCGAAGACGUCGAGGUGGAAAACUAA